AAGCUCUUCAGACGGUUUCGUAGUUGCCGAGAGAGUGGAGGUCUGUGUUUUCUCAUUUCAAAUCGCAACGCGCUCGAGUACCGAUCGCUGUGAGCAGAGUGUCGUAUUCAUUUUCGGAACCCUGCCUACGUGCCCACUACUGCCCAGUGAAGAAAUUCGAAUAUUUUGUGAAAACUAAAAAUAGUGCGCGUCUUCGAUCUCGGUGACAGUGCAACAGUUCUGCUUCGGACAUCGUGACCAAAGUGUAUUACGAAAAAUUUGGUAUCACGAGAAGUGAGUUAUAGAUUCUGUGAGUUCUCCAGUGAUUCGUGUUGAUUCGGCCGGAUUGGACAUAACCGAUGUUUCUUAUCGCGACGUGAAAGUGCCGAAUGACUGUAGGGAGAAAGGUAGAGUUGUGUUAUCGUCUAAAGUGUUUAUAAAAAAGGCACCAAACUGUACGGCCACAGGGAGGACGAUAUGCUCACGAUGGAGUCAGAUUUGAAGGGCAGCAAUUUGCAUGCGCAAAUGCCCCCACACACGCACCAUGGUGUCUCGCCGAUGGGACACCAUACGGGUGUUUCACCCUACGGAGCCCUAGGCUCAAUAGUGCACAGCCCGGCUUUGUCCGUUAGUCCCCCAAGUACUGGUGGACUCAGUGGAUUAGGGAUGCAACAUCACCACCAGGCACAGCACCACUACAGUUCCAUGCAAGCUGCACAACAGCAGCAACAGGCCCAACAACAAGCCCAACAGCAGGCCCAACAGCAGCAAGUGAUGCACUCUAUAGCUCAGCAAAAUGCUGCUGCUCAACAACAGCAUCACACGCAACAACAGCAGCAGGCCCAGCAACAUCAGCCCCCAAACAACAACAAUAACACAAGUAAAACGAACAACAAUGAUCGUGUGAAAAGGCCAAUGAAUGCCUUCAUGGUCUGGUCCAGAGGACAACGUCGCAAGAUGGCCCAGGAGAAUCCCAAAAUGCACAACUCUGAAAUCUCGAAAAGGCUCGGUGCAGAGUGGAAGCUCCUCAGCGAAACGGAAAAGCGGCCCUUCAUUGAUGAGGCCAAACGACUCCGUGCUGUGCACAUGAAGGAACAUCCCGACUACAAGUAUCGUCCACGUCGCAAGACAAAGACCAUCAACAAGAAAGACAAGUUCCCUCUUGGCGGAGUUGUAUCCGGAGUCGCAGGAAUGCUUGGUGUUGAUCAGAGACAAGUUGGAGGUAACGGCAAUACCCAGCAGCAACAGUUAUCGCGAGAUGUUUACCAGAUGACGAACGGCUACAUGCCCAAUGGUUACAUGAUGCAUGAUCCUUCAGCCUACCAACAGCAUCCAGCCUACAAUAGUCAUAUGGCAGCUAAUGCUGCGGCUGCAGCUGCUUACUCCAGGUACGACAUGGGACAUCACAUGGGGGGCGGCAGUCCCAGUCCCAUCAAUAGCUACAUGAACGGAUAUGGAGGAUACGGCUCAUCAUCCGUACCUGGAGGCUCGCCUUCGCCUUAUCACCAAACUCAACCCGGAUCUCAGAUGUCGAGUCACAGUCCAAGCGGAAGUAGCAUCAAGUCUGAACCGACGAGUCCUGCGAGCGGCGGUAUCCAUACACCAACUCCAAGUUGUCCCUCCUCGACGGGAGCUGGUGGCAGUGUCAAAAGAGAGUACAUGGGCCAACAACAGCAGCAGCAACAGGCACCCGAUUUAAGGAAUAUGAUCAACCUCUAUUUACCAGGAGUCCAAGAACAGGGUGUUCUCCAACAUAAUCCUUCCGUGUAUGCUACCGGACCAUCGCCGGAUUCUCUCUCUCAACACCACUCGGCCUUACCACCUCUAUCACACAUAGAGGAUGGAUGGAUGAACGAGGCCUGUGACCCUGAGAAACGGACCGAGAAACAAAGCAAACGAGAAACGAGCUUGCACGUGGGGGCCUGCGAGAACAAAGCUUCCCGCGACUUCGGAAAUUUUCACGGGCACGGAGGACACACGAUAAGCGACAAGGAGGCAUCACACGAAUAUCUCGACCACCGUCAACACCCGCUCUCACCAUCACCGUAAACGACCAACAUUUUUUUGUCAGAAAAAAAAAAUAAUAAUACUUGCACACAUGUACACGAUCUUGUUCCGAUCUCGCAGCGAAGCGUCGCUUCUGCGACCCCCACGUUCUUCUCGUUUCGUCGGGAUUGUUCCUCUCGAUUCAGAGAAAGAGCGACGGAGGAUAGUGAAAACAAAAAGUAUAUCAUCAAACUUAGAAUGGAGCAGGUCGCGUUUUCUUGUUUGUGGAAAUGUGCAAGUUUUCUGAAAACGGUUUGUAAUUUCUCGUUUAAUUCAAUCCUGUAUACUAUGACGAAUACUUUGUUUUUAAUAUUAUUUGUCGAAUUGAUAUCAAGAGGAAGAGUUUUACAUGGGAGUCAUUUUCAAAAAACUGAUUUCAUCUUGAUUAAACUUUUAUCAAUCUUACGAGUAUUACUAUUUAAGUUAUUUUCUCACUAUUCUAGAGUUUAAUCUUUUUAAAUUAUUCAUUCUUCACUUGAAAGUCGGAAAUUGGCCCAUUUUUGAAAACGACCCAUCUAAACAGAAAAAAAGUGCUCAGUGAUUCGUUGACGAGUAUACGGGUAGACUCGUUCUCCUCAAGUAACCACUGUGAUAAAACAAUCGUGUAUAAGUCCUGAGAGAGAAUGAGUGUGGAUGAAUCUGAGGAGGGGGGUUUUAAAAUAUGAAAAUAAAAAAAAUUGUUUUGGAUCGCAAGUACAAAAUAUUUAAAGUCGUUAGUAGCUUGAGAGUUUUCUCCCCCUCCGUUAUGUAAAUAAAAUGCAAA